GUGUCGCGGCAUUUGGUGAAAGAUGGCCGUGGUGGAGCAGCGCCCGCCUGUGCGGGAGGGGAUGCGAAUCGCAGUGUUGUGUUUAUUUUGGUACACCGUCAGUUCUGGCGGCAACGUGAUCAACAAAAUUAUCCUAAACAGCUUCCCCUAUCCGGUCACUGUCUCUCUUUUCCACAUCCUCUCCAUCAUCGUGUUUCUGCCACCGCUGCUGCGCGCCUGGGGCGUCCAGCGUACGGAGGUGUCGGCUAGUUACUACCGCUGGUUCAUUCUGCCGCUCGCAUUCGGGAAAUACUUCGCCUCCGUUUCGGCCCAUUUCAGCAUAUGGAAGGUUCCGGUGUCUUACGCGCAUACUGUGAAGGCCACCAUGCCCAUCUGGGUGGUUCUUCUUUCACGGAUCAUUAUGAGGGAGAAGCAAACAACAAAGGUUUAUGUGUCUCUUAUACCCAUCAUUAGUGGUGUUCUAUUGGCCACGGUCACCGAACUGUCCUUUGACCUCUCUGGAUUGAUCAGCGCUCUGGCAGCCACUCUCUGCUUCUCUUUACAAAACAUAUUCUCCAAAAAGGUCCUGCGUGAUACAAGAAUUCACCACCUGCAAUUGCUGAACGUCCUGGGCUUUAAUGCACUUUUAUUUAUGCUCCCUACAUGGAUUUUAGUGGAUCUCUCCAGCUUCCUGAUAGAUGGAGACCUGUCAGAGUUUUCCAAUUGGACAGGAACAAUAGUGCUGCUCCUCAUCAGUGGUUUCUGCAACUUUGCACAGAACAUGAUAGCUUUCAGUGUGCUGAACCUGGUGAGCCCACUCAGUUAUGCUGUAGCCAAUGCAACAAAGAGGAUCAUGGUCAUAAGUAUAUCCCUGCUGAUGCUCAGAAACCCUGUCAACACCUCCAACAUUAUCGGCAUGAUGACUGCAAUACUGGGUGUCUUUCUCUAUAAUAAGGCGAAAUAUGACGCCAACCAGGAAGCCAAAAAGAAACUUCUGCCAGUUUCAGAACAGGAUAUGGUUUCAUUCGACAAACAGUCCAACGGCACCGGGCCAUUCACACACAGCUCAGACUUUCAGCAUGGUCGGAGCACAGUGCUCACUGACCACUUUCAGUACAGCCGACAGGCCUACACAACAAACUACAACUCCAGUCAGUAUGUUGUGUGAGAUAAACACUUUUGGAGAACUAUAAAGACUGAUUUCAGACCUCCGUAAUUGACAACAGAUGGCUGUCUUUCGAUUUGACGAGGAAGUAUAGAAGUUUACUGGAGAAGGAAUGUUUUCUCGCCAUCCUACUCUUUUUGUUUUGUUGUUUCAAUAGGCCUGUUAUUUAUUUCAUUACAAACCUUAAUGAAUCCUUAUCUUGCUUCAAUAUCCGAUGGCAGUUUAUGCUUAAAAUGCUCAGUGGUGUGUGUAGAAUUAUAGGACUGUUCUAGGAUUUUUCAAACCAUGUUGGAUAUCUUGAGCAUUUUGGCUCAUAAUGAAUCAAGAUUUUUAUUUUGCACGGAUACAUUUCAAUGCAUUUCAGAUUGCAAUGUGUCUUCGUCACAAUUGCGCUACUGUGAGUGACUAACAGCGAGACCGCUGCCAUAUAACAUACACUGGGUCACUACACAUGCAUGCAUCAGGGUAUUGGUCAAUAUUCUGUUCUUGCCUCCUGUUUGUAAAUAUUGUAUUUAUUUUUUAUAGAAGAAGGUGCAUUGUUAGGCCAUAUCAUGGACUGAAAACAGCCUUUUGAAUGUCUCUAAUAUCUGUAAAGGAAUCACUUUUUUAUUCCGAUGGGUUUUAAUCAGACGGAGGUCACUAUACAAGAUCACUUGAAUCAUGGUGUACACUAAUAUGCAUGAUUAUCAAUAUGUGUUUUUAUUUAUUUACUUUUUUUAUGGAAGACAAUAGGCUAAGAAUUGCAAUGGACUUCUAAAAUGGCCAUCAUCUUAUGGGUCAGUUAAAUGAAUAUUAAUGAUCUGGUUUCCUACAUUCAAAGGGAAUGGGGUUACAUAAAGGUAUUUCAACUUAUGUUGAGUCAGUAAUAUAAAUUGGCAUGAUCUAACAAUGAGCUCUGCAAUUUUCAAAAACCGUUUAAAUUCUGUUCCUUGAACACAGGCUGGAACAGACCUGACAUGUUUUUUAGUUGCUGUUUUUCAUGGGCGAUGAUAAGCUGGGUAAGAACAAUAGUGUAAAAAGGUGCCAUAUUCUUUUGCAAUUUCUACCCCCUAAAAUGGAUUGGGACAGUGAGUGAGUGUUGCUUAUAGCAUACUAUGUUCAUUGACAGGCCUGUACAGAAUCUGCUGACUUGUUUUUCAUUUUCUUUACUGUUUUUAAAGGAAUAGAUUUAAAGCUGGUGUAUUUUGUUAAACGCAGCUGAGUGUACUAAUUUAAUUAGCCGAAAUAUUGAAUAAAUGAACAUGUGAUUUGGGAAGUGUAGAUCUUUGUGAAUGAUAGGUGUUCAAUUUCUUCUGAGUGUUCUGUCUUCACAGAUUCGGUGUCGGCUUGCUCAUUGGUAUUAUUGACCAGUUCUCGUUUUCAUUUCCAAAUUUAUGCUUUUGUUUUAGCAUUCUUUUUUUUUCUGUUAGAAACUCUUCAUAAAAUGUGUCUUGAUGCUGGAAAGGUUGAUACAACUAGGAAAAAAGCAUGCAACAUUUUUGCAUAACUCUUCAAAGGGAAAAUAAAAUGGGGGAUAUUCUCUCUCUCUCUAUCUAUCUAUCUAUCUAUCUAUCUAUCUAUCUAUAUAUACUCUCACACAGUACUAUGCAAAAGUUUUAGGCACUAUGCACAGUGAGGAUGUCUUCAAAAAUAAUGACAUAUAGUUUUCAUUCAUCACUUAAUGUCAUACAAAGUCCAGUAAAUAUAAAAAAGCUAAGUCAAUAUUCGGUGUGACCACCUUUGCCUUUUAAAACAGCACCAAUUCUCAUAUGUUCUUCUUGGUUGAUGGCAGAUCGGAUGUUUCAAAGCUUCUUUUUUGCCACAGCUCUUUUAACUAUUUUGGCUGUCUCAAUUGCUUCUGUCUCUUUAUGUAAUCUCAGACUGACUCGAUGUUCAGUUGGGAGUCUGUGGGGACCAUGACAUCAGUUACAGAGCUCCCUGUUUUUCUAUUCUAUUUGCAAAAGUAAUGCUUGGGAGUCUAUUUCUUGUUGAGACACUAAAGCUGAAGAUAUAAAUAACCAUCUUAAGAUAAAUUAUUUUGUUAAACAUCUUAUGUGCCUAAGACUUUUGCACAGUACUAAUAUAUAUAUAUAUAUAUAUAUAUAUAUAUAUAUAUAUAUUUGAAAUGUAUGUUUUUUAAAAAUGCACCAUAAAAUUUUAGUGUGUGUGUUUUAAAUAGUCUUGAAAGAUGAGGUUCAUGGGACAUUCUUUUUCAGUCUCUCUAAUAUUGAGAUUUUUAAAGAAACUGUCAAGCAGUGGUCAGCAGCUGUAAAUGAAAGGUUGUUGGUGGGAUGUCUGUUCAGUAUGCUUGUUUUUCAUUGAUUCACACCAAUUGCUUUUAUAGUGUGAUGUCACUGGGGGUGUGGGAAAAAAAUAAUUUUUACGUGCUAUUGUUAAAUUGGAAAUUGAUUAAUCUAUUCGUAAAUGCACAAGAGACUAACUUUGGAGUGAUGGGGCGUAUUUAUUACAGGUGAGGAGUAUAUUGAGUUGGCACACAGUGCCAACUCGAUAUACUCAUCACAUGUAAUAAAUCGAGUUGGCACUGGCAGAUCAUGUCUUCAACUGGGAUCUUAAAGAAUUUGAUACAGUCUUGGUAAACACCUUUUUUUAGAUUUGAUGUCUAGUCAUAUCACCAAGAAAUUGUAUGUAAACUGAGCCUAAAGUUCAAAGCGCUGGAAUAAUCAGCUGUAAUAACCAUCCCUUCACCUUUUGUAUUCAGAAUAUCAUGCACUACUGUAGUAUUUGCAAUACUUUUACUUUCAGUCAGCUGCUUAAGACCCCCCCCGGGAGAUUCAUAUGUCUCUCUACAAUGCUGAAAGUCCUGUUGAGUCCCAUGCAGUUGUUGUGAUUUUUGUUCUAUUAUGUGGAAAUGUAUUGUCACAUUUAUCUUUGAGAUCUUUUUUUCUUUCAACCAGCGUUUCUAUGAUUUGAUUUUAAGAUACCUUGGUACGGUUAUUGUUGCAUUCUAUCAUGUCAUCCUUAAGGUUGUAAGAUGACUUAUUUUAAAAUGUGAAAAUAAACAUGGUGAAUUGGUAACGCUUGUUCACCUCUUUGUAUAGGUCUGUAUUGUUACAGUCAGGAACUUUCAGUAUGUAUAGAGAGAGAGAUUCAGGCAGCAAUGAGUGGUGCUCAAGCUGAACAGAGCAUAACUGCCACGUCCCUUUUCAUUAAAUAAUGCAGAUUUUAAACAUUUAGUGCUCAGAAAUAACUCCAUAAUGCAUGUGUUAAAUACUAUAAAAUAUGUUGUUUUAUUUGGAGUUUACUAAGAUUAAUAACCCCUAUAAGAAUCAGGCUU